AGGGAGCCGGCCGUCUGGUGAACACAUGAUGAGACGACGAACCACAACAAAAAGAUUUGCCCCUUCAACAAAUUCAACAGGUCAUUAAAUUACUUCUUCGAAAAAAGAAAGCAGAACCAACCCCCUUUUCAGAAUAGGAAUAUUAUUAGAGGAAGGAAACUUUAUAAUUCCUCUGUAUGCGUAGAAGAUGUGAACGUGGCAGCUGCAGCAGAGAAAAAAUAAAAUGGCUCGUCGCAUUAAGAAGUAACGUCAUCAGCAAAUAUUCUCAACGCCAGUCCUAAGCAAAUUUCUUCGAAUCUUGGGUCAGCCGUUGGUGAGCAAUGAACACGCUGACCAGCUUUCUGGUGUGCAAACUGCAGCGGCGGCAGAAUGCGGUGUUCUUUGUGGGUUUGUGCGCUGGGAUCAGCCUUUGUCUCUUCCUGACGCCCAUCCUCGAGGAGGCGCCAUGUCCCUCUCCGGCCAACAAGCAGCAGCUCGGAGCCUCCAACCUGCACUUUUCGCAGGGUCGCUCCUUGCGCAGCCAGCAGGUUGUGCAGGGCAACAGUGAGGACUUUGAGCCGCGAAUUAACCUGGCAGGAAAGCCCAAGAAGGCCCUCAAGGUGCCGCAGAACAUUGUCCGGCCCAGGUACUACUCGUCCGAGUUGGGCCUAAGACAAAAGCUGUUUGUAGGAGUCAUGACCACCACAAGUAGCAUCAACACCAGGGGUGUGGCAAUUAACAAGACAAUGGCCCACUUGGUGGACAAGGUUAUGUUCUUCAACAACGGCGUCAAUCCGCCCAGAAUCAAUCUGACCGGCAUCAUUGGCUUCUCCGACUCGAGGAAGAUCCUUAAGCCGUUCCAUGUCCUCAAGUACAUUGCAGACAACUAUCUGGACAAGUUCGACUACUUCUUCCUGGUCAAGGACGAGAGCUACGUCAGGGCGUUCAACCUGACAGAGGCUGUCAAGAGGAUCAGUGUCAGCGAGGACGUCCACAUAGGAGGAUUCAUGCCAGACAAGGAAACUGCCUUCUGCUCUUUAGACGGAGGAAUUUUGCUCAGCAACUCUGUAAUGCAGAAGGUUGUUGAGGGAUUAGACUGGUGCGUUCGGAACGCUUUUUCAGACAACGACGAUGACAAUAUAGGAAGGUGCAUUGUGCACUCUUCAGGCCAGCCUUGCGCCUCUUCUUUACAAGGUCAAGUGUUUAGGAGUCAAAAAGUGGACAGUGGUUUUAACGCGGACACCGAUCUAAAGCGCCUAAGAACUGACAGCCAAGUGAUUUUCCCAGUGCCUGAUGCAGCAACCUUUUACAAGUUGCACAAAUACUUUUGUCAGAUUGAACUUGUGGAGCUGGAGCGGUCGAUUGCAAGUCUCCAGUCGUCCAUCCUGGAAAUGCACCCUGCAAUAGGCGAAGUGGCAGACAACAUAACGUGGCCUGUGGGCAGUCAGCCCACAAGUAAGCCGCAAAAUCGCUUUGACGUUCUUCAGUGGGACUAUUUCACUGAGCACCACGUCUACCCCGAGUCAGACUUCGGCAGUGUCAAAGACCUCUCAGGGGCGGACAGAGAGGACAUGCGACACAUCUUGAAUUCAAGCGUUUCUCACAUGGCGCAAAAGUACGAAGGGAAAUUACAGUACAAGCGCCUCGUAAAUGGAUACAGAAGGUACGACCCCUCCAGAGGGAUGGACUACAUUCUUGACCUUGCCUUCAGGGACAUGGACACUGGUCUAGAAAUUUUAAAAAGGGUUGAAAUUUCCAAGCUCUUGGGCAAGGUGGAAGUUGUAACGAUGCCUUAUGUGACGGAGAAUUCUCGAGUGCACCUGAUUUUACCUGUGGAAGCAAACCAAAUGGCAGACGCAACCCGUUUCAUCAAAGAAUAUUCGGAGUUGUGCACCACCUCCAAAGUGAUUUGCACUGAACGUAGGGACAAGUUGUUCCUUCUGCUGGUCUUGCUCUACGACCCUAUGGCUCCCGGAAAGGGAGAUAACAGAGACGUUUUUGGUGGGCUCAAGUCUCAGGUGCAGUCCAUGGUGCAGCGCCAGGACGGCAUGCUGAUGGCCUGGUUGUCUGUGAAAAGUAAAGGCCAACGUCCCCCUGAUGUGGCCAUUGUUGACCUCGCCCUAAGGAAACUGCCGCAGGAGGCCAUGGUCCUUGUCUGCUCUCCCACCAUGAACCUGAGACAAGACUUCCUCAAUAGAGUGAGAAUGAACACCAUCCUGCACAAGCAGAUCUUCAGUCCAAUUCCUUUUUCCGAGUAUCACCCUGACAUUGUCUAUCAGGAGUCGGAGAGGCCCAAAGAACUGGAUAUUAACAAAAAGUACGGCCACUACGAUUCAGCCAAUUAUCAGCAUCUCUCAUUUUACCUCAAAGAUUAUGUAGCUGCAAGAAGUAAAGUGGAUGACAAAUUCCCUCUCGUGCGACAAGACCGUGAUAUUCCAAUUACUGACAAGGACAGCCAACUGCCUAGCCUGCUGUCCCUCUUCUUGCAAGGGUCAGAAGGCCUUAACGUCCUACGGGCUGUGGAGCCUUGCCUUCGACUGUGGCACCCACAGCAGGUGUGUCAACCCUCCCUUGGGCCUAACCAGUACCUAGAGUGCCAGGUUUCCAGGGCCAAAGGUCUCGGCACCAGGGCUCAACUGGCUGGCAUUAUUCUGCAGUAUUUGGAGGAGAAAUCUCAUUAACCAUUGUAUAUUAGGAGAACAUUAUUUACAACUCAAAUCUUUUUGACUGGACCUUUAUGAAAAAGCCAAAUUCUAGAUCUUGCCAAACUAACAGCAUGCCAAGCUAAUUUUAAGUGCUAUUGCAGCUUUUUGAGAACUCUAAUGUGAUCAUGAAUUAUUUUGAAAAUAAGAAGAUGAAAUGCUUUAAA